AUGCAUUGUCUCAAAGUAAGGAAAAAUAUCUUUUCAACUUCUAUAAGGAAAUUACUAGUAUCAGCAACCAUCUUACCACUCGUUGACUAUUGUUCCGUUGUAUUGGUCGACUCAACUUCUGAUAACAAUUUAAAACUACAACGUGCGAUUAACUGCUCUAUCAGAUUUAUUUUUAAUCUCAAAAAAGAUGAGCACAUUACACCUUUCAGACGUGAGCUGGGAUGGCUGUCUGUAAAGUAUCGCCGAAUGUACUACAUGAGCUGUUAUUUUUACAAGUUACUUCAAGUUGAAAAGCCCAAGUACUUACGAGAGCUAUUCAUUGAAGACAUUGAUGUUAGACGUUCCAAUAGACUAGCAGCUAAAAAACAUACUUCCUUCAAGAUACCUCAUUUUGCUACCACCUAUAUGGAACACUCAUUCUUGAUCUCCGUGAUUCGUCUGUGGGAAGAACUACCAGAAGAAAUCGUAAACUCAAGUAGCAGUGAAGUCUUCAAAAAUAAAGCUUUUGACUAUUUGCUAAAUUUAGACAGUUAA